AUGGCCGGAGACCCGGAACAGGAGACGGCGUACAGGUCCGGGGACCUGAGACUCUUUGAGUCCGGCCUCUUCUCCGACAUCGUUGUGGAAUGCGGUCCCAGGUCGUGGAACCUACAUAGGAACAUUCUUUGCACCAGAAGCGUCUGGUUCGAGACGGCCAUCACUGGAAGCUAUGUGGUUGGCCAGAUGAAACUUAACCAGGACGCAUUCGACGGAGUCAUCAGAAUCGAGGAGCAGGAUCCCGAAGCCGUUGAGGUGUGCCUGAGGUACAUCUACGGGGCCAUAGACAUGGCCACAGAGACGAGGUAUCGGCCAGUGUUCAAGUUCUGCGCCGAGCUAUAUCGAUCCGCCGAUUUCUUUCUCCUCGAGCCACUGCUGCCCGUCGUCCAGCGCCACAUCGGAGACUACUGCGACGAGAAGACCAGGUGGAUGUGGACGAGAGGAAAUAUGACCGAGGACUACCGGAACGAGAAGAAGGCUCUGAUCUGGGUCGACGAUCUCAAGGCCGCGAUCCUCGAAACAGACAAGUGGAACACUCCCGUCAUCAGCUUUAUGCUGAUGGAGUUUGUGUGGGCGUCAAAUACGUUCCUGACAAACUACUACUCCACUUACAUCGGCAUCCGAGAUUGGCUUAGAGAGAAUGCCCGGCGCUUCUUGGACGACAUGGAACACCACUGCAAACCCAUGCCUCCUUUCUGCGGGGGAUGGAGCCAACAGCUUUAA